GUUACGGUGGAGCAGGGGGCUAUGAGCCACUGAUAUACCAGUUUCAAUUCUGACGUCUUUUCUUUUAUUUUCAUAGAUGAUUCUAAUGGUCUCUGACUUUACUCCAGAGGAUCUUUCUUUCUCCUAGGCAUUUCGUCGAACAUCUUCCUAUUAGCAGUAGCUCUGUCUUUAUUGAUCAGAGAAUGAGUUUCAGGGACGAUACAGAUGAUGGGAGGGAUCCCCGGAAACCGUUUCUGCAUACCGGGAGUUGGUAUCGGAUGGGCUCCGGUCAAUCUGGCAUGUUGGGGUCAUCCCAAGCCAUUCGGGAAAGCUCUAUUUCUGUUCUUGGAUGUGUUUUGAUUGUUGCGUUGGGUCCUCUCCAAUUUGGCUACACUUCUGGUUUUUCUUCUCCUACCCAAGAUGCGAUCACGGAGGAUCUUGGAUUGACAGUCUCUCAGUUUUCCUUAUUUGGCUCUCUGUCAAAUGUGGGUGCCAUGGUUGGGGCAAUAGCCAGCGGUCAGAUAGCAGAGUAUAUUGGGCGAAAAGGGUCUUUAGUGAUUGCUUCUAUUCCCAAUAUCAUUGGAUGGCUUGCCAUAGCUUUUGCACAAGAUACAUCUUUUCUUUACCUGGGAAGAGUGCUGACAGGUUUCGGUGUGGGAAUAAUCUCAUUUACAGUACCUGUGUAUGUAGCCGAGAUAGCACCUCAAAACUUGAGAGGGAGCUUGGGCACAGUGUAUCAGCUCUCUAUUACAAUUGGAAUAAUGGUGGCCUAUCUGUUGGGAAUUUUUGUCCAAUGGAGAGUACUUGCAAUUCUAGGAGUAUUGCCAUGUACAAUUUUGAUACCUGGUCUAUUUUUCAUUCCAGAAUCUCCUCGGUGGCUGGCAAAAAUGGGUUUGACAGAAGAUUUUGAAACAUCUUUGCAAGUUCUCCGGGGGUUUGAUACUGAUAUUUCCCUUGAAGUGAAUGAAAUCAAGAGGUCUGUAGCAUCAACAAGCAGAAGAACUAUGAUUCGUUUUGCAGAACUCAAACAAAGGAGAUAUUGGUUUCCUUUGAUGGUUGGAAUUGUAUUACUCCUGUUGCAACAACUUUGUGGCAUUAAUGGUGUUAUAUUCUACUCUACUUCAAUUUUUGAAUCUGCUGGGAUUAAAUCGAGCAGUGUAGCAACAUUUGGAAUAGGUGCUGUUCAGGUUAUCACUACUGUAUUAGCCACAUGGUUAAUGGACAAAGCGGGUCGGAGGCUGCUGCUUAUAGUCUCCUCUUCUGGAGUAACUCUUUGCCUCCUAAUUGUUGCCGUGGCAUUCUUUUUGAAGGACUCCGUGUCAAGUGAUUCUAGCCUUUAUGGAAUAUUGGGCAUUAUAUCAGUAGUUGGAGUUGUGGGAAUGGUGUUUACUUUCUGUCUGGGCAUGGGACCCAUUCCUUGGAUCAUAAUGUCUGAGAUACUUCCAAUCAAUAUCAAAGGUCUUGCAGGAAGCGUAGCUACACUUGGUAACUGGUUCUUUUGCUGGAUCAUUACAAUGACUAUCAAUUUUCUCCUAGAGUGGAGCAGUGGAGGAACUUUUACCAUUUACAUGGUUUUUAGUGCUUUUACCGUGGCAUUUGUGACCCUUUUAGUCCCUGAAACAAAAGGAAGAACUCUGGAAGAAAUUCAAUUUUCCUUCAGAUGAGGAGUUUUGCUGGGAAAGGCUAAUUCCAUUCAUCAUCAACAUUUUUCCAGGGAUUAUGGAGAUUUCUGCAAUAUUGAAUUGUUUACAUUGGCCAUUUUAUCUUCAACAUUUUGAAUUUUCCUCAGCAUGUAUUUCUUAAUGGCUCCAUUAUCUUGAAAUAAAAAUUGCUCUUAUCC